AUGACACACAUGUUAAAACAACAAGUAGAACAGAGAUUUGGAACACUUGAAAAAAUACAAAUUGAUGCUGAAGCUAAAAAACUCGAUCAGAGAUUCAAAAAAUAUGGAUUCUUCGACAACAGUUCAUUUUCUGAAGGAAAAAAAACAAUAAUUAGUAGAGCUACUAUAGUAAACAUUAGAAAUUUAAAUAAUAUACAGCCGGUUAUACCAAAUCAAACUUCAAUUUUGGGCGGAGAUUCUAUUUACAAUGAAUUUAAUGAAGUG